CCCCAAAGUUUGUCGGAAUUACAAAACAGCCCCCGUACUCUUCCUCCCCACCUCUCGCCUACCGUUCGCGUCCUCCGCCCGAGGCCUCCACGGGAGCGCCGGAGCGCACGCCUGAUCUCCCCGCCUCCUCCUCCCGGCACCGCGGCCCCGGCUCCUAGCCCGCCUCGCGAUCGGGGGACGAGGCACGAGUAGGAGGGCGAGGGUGCGAGGAGAUGCAGAGGGACCGAGGCGUCUCGGCGGCGGCUGGGGGCGCCGGCGAAAGGAAGCGGAUAGGCGAGGCGAUGGACAGGUCCUCCCCGUCGACGUCCUGGGGGUUCUCCGGCGGCCGCGAGAGGGACCGGAUCGCCGCCGGGAAGCAGCCGGAGGUGCCCCGCUCCGGCGGCGGAUCCACCGCCAUGUCCAAGGGCAAGUUGUCCGAUGGAGAAUCGGAUACUGACAGUGAAGAAUCAGAUCUCAGUGGUUCUGAUGGAGAGGAUACAUCGUGGAUUUCAUGGUUCUGUAGCUUGCGAGGCAAUGAGUUUUUCUGUGAAGUUGAUGACGAUUACAUACAAGACGAUUUCAAUCUCUGUGGGCUAAGCGGUCAAGUUCCAUAUUAUGAAUAUGCUCUUGAUCUGAUAUUGGAUGUCGAGUCUUCACAUGGUGAUAUGUUCACAGAAGAGCAGAAUGAACUUAUUGAAUCAGCUGCUGAGAUGCUUUAUGGAUUGAUUCAUGUUCGAUAUAUUCUUACAAGUAAAGGGUUGGCUGCAAUGUUGGAUAAAUACAAGAAUUAUGACUUUGGCAGAUGUCCAAGAGUGCACUGCAGCGGCCAGCCAUGCCUUCCAGUUGGCCAGUCGGACAUUCCCCGCUCUAGUAAUGUCAAAAUUUACUGCCCAAAGUGUGAAGAUCUCUACUAUCCGAGAUCCAAAUAUCAAAGCAACAUUGAUGGAGCUUACUUCGGGACAACGUUUCCUCACUUGUUUCUGAUGACGUACCCACAUUUGAAGCCCCAGAAACCGUCACAGCAGUACGUCCCCAAGGUUUUUGGCUUCAAACUUCAUAAGCCAUAACAAGUUCGAAGACUGAAGGUGCAAAAGGUUCACAGCAGAGUUGUCUGAUACGUCGCGCCACACAGCACUUCCAAGCUGCUCAUCUGUGCACGUGGCGCAGUUUAACUUGGUUCAGUUGGUUACCCGUGGCUUCACCGAAACCGACCUGACCCCUGGCUGAUCUCCCUUGUCCUGCGUUUUCGCUCUCGCCUGACGUUCUGAUUUGAUGCUUGUGGUUUGUUUAGUGUAGUAGGUUCCUAUCAUGUUCUUUAUAUACUCAUUAUAUUUGAGUUUGGCAGUUGUUAAAAGAAGGCAGUUCAUAACAGUGUUAUGUCUCUGCUGUGUAUUUUUCAUUUUGUUUUACAUUAGGUUCCUUUGCCAAAAUGUGAUGGUAAUGGUAAUCUGAAUGAAACAUUCGAUCCGGCUAUUCUUAUUCUUCA